UAGUAAAUAUGUUUCGACUAGGGUUGGAGACUAUCAGCAAAAUGCCAUGGUACUGUUUCCCAUUCACGGAGGCCAUCAAGAAGAGGGCGGUGAGGUAUCUCCUGCAGAGAUACGUCGGGCGCUUCCUGGAGGAGAAACUGUCCCUGGAUCAGCUGACGGUCGACCUGUACAAAGGGACGGGCACCAUCAAGGAGGUCACCAUCGAUGUGGCCGCCCUCAACGACAUGGCCGACCAGCUCAAUCUGCCCAUCAAGUUCGUGGACGGGUACAUCGGCGAGAUCUGCGUGACGAUCCCCUGGCAGGCCAUCUUGGCUGAGAGCUGCUUCGUCGAGGUGUCAGGGUUGAUGCUCUCCGUCGAGCCCAAGCAGAGGUCGGAGGACGUGUCGAUGGUUGACUCGAUGAUCGAGUCGAUGAACAUGACCUCGUCGAUGCAGAUCGCCCAGGAGUGCCUCAGCCCCCGGGACGAGAGCGGGGACGGGAUGGAGGACAUGCCUGAGAAGGACCCUAGCCAGAUAGAGGGCAUCGAGCACUUCGCCCACGCAAUCGACACCGUUCUCAACAGAAUCAAAGUCCGGUUCCUAGACACGACCUUCAGGUUCGAGUAUGUGCCGAAGGGGAGUCAGUGUGGCGUCUCGCUGGAAGUCCGGGUCAAGAAGAUCGACUACUUCGACGAGGCCGGGUUAGGGAAGACUCCGACGCAAGAUGCGGGGAAGAACAUUUUUGAACCGUCGGCCUUUGCGACGAAAAAGUUCCAUAUUGAAGGAGUGACCAUGUACACAGAUGAAUUCCUCUCUAAAAACAAGACGAUGGCAAAAUCGGUGAUUCCGACGACAGACUCUAAUUCGUCUCCCGAGUCGGGCGGGGGUUCUAAGGUGUCGGGUUCUGGCUCGGGGGAUUCCUUUAAAACGGCCGACACGUCGCCAGCGGAAGAUAAGCAGUUUGAGUACAAUCACGAGAACACGGUGCGGAAACUUAUCACGAACAUCCCGAUGGAACCCAUAUUAUUUGCAAAACUCACAGGCUCCCAAGAAAUAAGUUUGAAACUCAAGCAGGCUGAUGUUAUGGGUCCAAAAGUAGAUUUAAGGAUGAACUGCGGCGCUUUUAUUAUGUUUUUAUCUCCACGACAAAUUCAACUCUUGCUAGAACUCUCCGAGGGGAUAGCGUCUCCCGACAUCAACGACAUGGAUUUCCACGCUCGCCGGGCCUCGGGGCCGGUGCCUUGCAUCAGUAAAGAGAAGCCGAUGGAUCCCAGUGAUUUUCGGAAAGUUGAAAGCGAGCUCCUCAAAGAACUGCGCACUGCAGGUCCUGUAUCUAGUCAUGCUCUCAAUCUGCAACAAGGAUGGUCAGUGACGCCCCUGGAAGACAGCGACGAUGACUUUGUUCCCAUGAGUAGUGGAAUGGGCCCAGGCGAGCUCAUGAGGAACAUGUCGAGCAGUCAGUUAUCUGGCUGUUCGGAUAUGGACAGUUCUUUUAGUUCUAAUAUGUCAGGUAGCACAGUUAAGUCGAGCACGGUGGGGAUGACUUCUCCGUCUUAUCGAUACACGGGUGUUGGUGUCGUGACGGGCGACCCUACUGUGGGUGGUGCUGGGAAAAAGAAGUCUGAGCACGGCGGGACGAAACUCAUCGACGAUCCCUCGGCGGUUGUGACGCACUUUCGUGUACAAAUUAGUAGUUUGGCGGCCGUCAUUUUAAAUGAGGACAUUUUGACUCCUUGUGUAGAAAAUGCAAACAUAGUGUCCAAAGCUUCUGUGGCAGAAAUGCAUGCAAAGUCUGAAGACUUUUUUGCUACUCUAGGUGUGCACGGACUCUCAGGUUACAGUUACAAUGUCUUCCAAGAAGCCAAGAAAAAAUUCACAGACGCGUGUCAAAUCAAUCAUCUGCGUUUCAUGGCAGCGCCCAUCACUGUAGAGGGUAGUGAAAAGAGCUUGACAAACAAGUGGGAAAUGAGUGUGGCCGUGUCAGUGGGACGUGCCGAAGCCCUCGAGUGUUUGGUGGACUCGUCCGUGUCCCCAGUGAAGGUAGAAUAUUCAGAACUGUUGUCAUUUAAAGAGAGUGCCCAGGAUCCUGUGAAUGAAAUGGUGUAUGGUACUAUCAUAGAACCCAAGCUUCGAAUAAACAUUGCUCAGUCGCAGAAUACAACUCUAGCUAGUAGGCCCAGGAGGAUGAGCAUCCCAAAGUUAGACAUUAAAGUUACGCUGGGGGACUGCGCGUCAGAGUUGGACAUGUCAAUAGUAGAUAGAAUCAGUGCCCUCAUAAACAGACAGGAGAUAUGUGUGAAGACCAGUGGUGAGGCAUUUUCCCCAGAGCUUCCUCCUAGUUAUUUAAACAAUCAAGCUUGUUUUAAGCAAACCCUUGAUGAUGCCACAUUACGUCCAGAGACUAGAACCACUGUUAAAGUAGCUUGUUCUUCAUUAACUGUUAAGUUAAGAUUUCCCAUCCCAGAUUUAAGACCCACGUCCAAUAUGGACCGAGUGCCUUGGUGGAAGAGAAACAUCAGGAAAGACAUUCUGUCUCUAGUUCUCCAGGACUUUGAAUUUGUAACGGCUUUCGACCCCCACAUGCCAUAUAGUAGUUACGAAGUUCGGAGCGGUGAUAUUCACGUGCAAUUCCAAGAACGAGAAGAGGAUGCCCCUUUGUCCUUGCUUAGGGCUACUUCAUCCAGAGGCACAGAGAGGGGAUUUGAUUUGCCUCGUAUUGUAGUGAUAGUGCACCCCACGGAACCUUGGACCUCCCUAGAGGAGGAAACUCCGUGUCAGGAAAAUAUCAUGACGAAAUCUAUGAUGGGGUUCUUAGAGGAAGUUAAUGAGAUGGAGCCGAACCCCUUCAGUCGACGGAAAGUUGCCACCCAGCAACCGACCGACGGUCAUACGAGUGAAUUAACGAUUCCGUCAGAAAAGGAAGAAGUUUUGGAGUUUAUUGAGAACACGUUGAAAAAUGUGCAGUUACACAUAGAGAUUCACUUGCCCGAUGUCCAGUUGAUCCUGCCAUCCAAACACAUCUAUGAAGUUAUAUAUAAUAGGUUAAUUACAGACUUACUAUUAUGGGAGCCCUCAGCCCCCAAACCAGCUAGUCAGUGCAACCGCAAUUUGGGUGCUACUCAAGGUGGAUUAGAUUUAGCCUCGGUAUUCAUGAAUGAAAGUAUCUACCAGAGCACAACCCAGUUUACUUUGUGUACAUCAGCCAAUGAUGCAGCUAGUGACAGUGAUGAUGAUGUGGAAUCCCAGUUCUAUUCAGUGUAUGAGCACAAAGCCAAACAAAGACUCAAGCAGCAACAACAAAACCAGGAUGUGAAUAAGUAUAAGAAACAAACUCAAGUAGCUUUUAAACUCACCCUGGGCCACACGGUUGCCAGCAUAAGAACCCCAUACAGAGAUUCCAAGAAUAAUGUGAUGCCUGGCCAGCAUGGGGAAGUCAUGCUUAUUGCUGAACAGGGCACUAUAUUUGCAGCUAUUGGGUACAAAGGUGAUCCUGAUCUAGGAUAUACUUGUAUCUGGGCAGAUAAGGGUCAUUUGUAUCACAAAGCUUCGAAUAUCACUUCUGACAUGCCGGUGAUUUUAGAUCCUUCUCUGCCGCUCUCUACUUCACGUUUAGAUGCCAUUUUCUAUCCGAAUGAUCCCGGAGUCGUUACAAAACUAGGUGCGGGUGCCUCUAAAUCGGAAGAGGCCCAGGAUCAGAUCAUGAUUUCCCUGCAGAUGGAGUUCGACGUGAUUCGUAACAUGAAGACCAUUAUCCUGGCCGGGUGUGUGAGGGGAGCCACUUUGCGCCAUUAUAUGUCAGCUAGCCCAGAAAGCUGGGUUACACAAUUAGGAGAUAUGUUUGAUGUCCAAGAUUAUCCCAUCGCUGGCUAUGUUUUGCCUGAUGUCGUCACUGAAAUGAAUUUUCACCUUUGGGGCUGUGCCUUGGAUUACAGGCCACUUUAUCUUCCCAUCAGAACAAUGCUGACAGUUGAUGCUUUUUCAAUAUCUAGCAAUCUGACGAUAUCAAGUGAUACUAAUGUUCUUCAUUUUAUCAUUGAGGAUGCUGCUCUCUUUUUAUCUGACAAGUUGUCAUUGCACACUGUUGAUCUGAAGAAAAAUUAUGUUUGUGUUGCAGAUAUUGGAGUUUUUGAGUUGUGUUUAAGAAUGGUAGAAGAUUUGAAGGAAAAGAAACCCAAGAUUGAUCUUGUGGCAUCAAAUAAUAUCAUCCACAUUCGCACGUGUGCAGACUCAUGCAAGGCAUUAUUGGAACUCUUGAUUUAUCUUGCAAGUGAUGGAGACCUUACGAAAGAAGCAUCAUCAUCUAAUGCUAGUUUAGCAGCACCAAGUGUCCUGACUCCUGGUACUUCAAGCGCAGCAUCUUCACCAUCAAAUGAAUGUGCCACAAUGAAGCCGACGGAAACUCAGGAAACUCUGUUCAACCCAAGGAUCCGGGAACGGGAUAGUCAGCAGCUGGAGAUGGUUCGUGGCAUGAUGGAUGAUGCUAUGGUUGAAUCAACUCACUCAUCAUCCUCAUGUGAAGAGGAUGAGAAUGACCCAUCCCUCUAUUUAAAGAAAGGUGUCGAAGUAUUCUUCUUUCCUGAUGAUAACUUGAAGCAAAAAUUAGCAUCUGCUACCACGGGCCAAAAAGAUGUAGCUAAGGCUGAAGAGACAGGUGGAGAGAACACCCUAACAGAUACAGAAUGUGCAUUAAAGGAAGCAUUAAAAGAACCCCUAGAUAGUCAUUUUGAAGAAUAUAGCUCUGGUACAGAUGAAGAGUUUUGCAUUUUAGAUGAUGCCCCAGGCACAGGUAUAAAGUCACCAUCAGGGGAACCCCAGGUGCGUGUGUUGACGGAAGACCCCGUUGUUAUAGUUGAUAACCAUUUUUCAGUACCUCUUGGGAAGGUUGACCAGCUAAGGGCACCAAAGCACUUCCCUGCUGCUGUUCUAAAGUACACGCUACAAGAGUUGACCAUUGUCUGGCACAUGUUUGGAGGGGCAGAUUUCAGGCCUUCACAACCAGGGCCAGUGUCUGCUCGUAAAGUAACCAUUCGAGAUUCAAAUGCCAACGCGGACUACGAUUAUCCAGCAAGUUCUUUAGUGUCACCUAAAAUGGCGUAUAUUCCCAAAGAACCAUCAGUUACAUUAAGAAGUGGUGAUGUCCACUAUUCUUCAGGGCAUAUAUCUCCUACAGUUUUCAAGAAGUCUCCUCCCCAAAGCCCCCAGCAGCGAGCUCAUUCUGUGUGGCAGGGAGUUGGUGGGCCAGGCCGUCAGCAUGAUACACUUCUUGAGUUGCAACUCAGUAAAGUCCGUUUCCAACACGAGAUUUACCCGGAAAGUGCUCGGCAAGCCUCGAGGAAUGUCCUCCUUAUUCAUGAUGUAGAAAUUCGAGAUAGACUUUCAUCAUCAAAGAUCAACAAAUUUCUUUAUCAGUUUUCGUCGGAGUCGUGCCCUCGCCAGGCCCAUGCUAACAUGGUUCAGGUGAAAGCUUUAACAGCACGACCUGAUGGUCUUCAUGGCCCUCAGGAAACAAGUCUCAAGAUAUCCCUGCAGCCCAUAAGACUUCACAUAGAUCAAGAUGCUUUGCUGUUCCUUUUCCAGUUCUUUGAGGAAUUACUUUCUUCCGACAGAGAGGGAGAGUUUGGAGAGGAAGAGAAGCCACAGUCUGCUACUCAGGUUCAAGCUCCCAUAAUGACUGUGAAUCUAAAUCAAGCUGCUCAGCUCUCUCUAUCAGAAGACCAGCAGCUUCUGGUCAAUUUAGAAGAAAGAUCUUCCUUGUCUGAGGCCAAAGAGUGCAGUUCAAUGGAUGAAAAUGCUCCAGUUUACUUCAAGUCAUUUGUAUUUUCUCCAGAUGUUCCAAUAAAGAUUGAUUACCACGGUAAACACGUUGACAUUAAUUCUCAGUAUGGACCACUUGCUGGUAUAUUGAUAGGCAUGGGUCAGCUUAACCACUCAGAGUUGACUCUGAAAAGAAUAGUGCAUAAGUCUGGACUGUUGGGUGUGGACCGGCUAAUUCAGUAUGUGAGUAAUGAGUGGAUUAAUGAUAUUCGCCGCAAUCAGUUACCAUCUGUUCUCGGGGGCGUUGGACCAAUGCAUUCUCUAGGAAAACUGCUGGGUGGGAUAAGGGAUCUGUUUUUGCUACCCAUCGAGCAGUACCAGAAGGACGGCAGAGUAGUGAGGGGCAUUCAGCGUGGCGCAGCAGCAUUUACUACGUCGUCGGCACACGCUGCCCUCGACCUGACGGGACGUUUUGUCGGGUGCAUUCAGUCGGCUGCCGAGACCAUGUACGACAUGGUUUCGUCCGGGCCGAGAGUGAGGCAUAGGUAUAGGCUGCGUUGUGGGCAGCCCCAGGAUAUUAGGGAAGGUGUUGCAACUGCGUAUGGGUUGGUUUGGGACGGUCUCGGCGACACAGCCACAGCUAUCUUUCAAGCAGCUUCGGAAGAACAUCAGCAUAAAGGUGUGUCUGGUGCCAUUGGAGGGGUACUCCGCCAGAUUCCCCCGACUGUGGUGCAGCCCAUAAUUUUGGCGUCGGAAGCCGCCGGAACUGUUCUCGGUGGCAUGAAAAACCAGUUAGUACCUGAUGCACGCAAAGAAGCAGCUGACAAGUGGAAAGCAUGAGGGAAUGGGCGUUAUAGAUAUUAAGUGAUAUUGUAUAUAAAUGGUAAUGCGAGCUAAUUGCUUUCUUUUCAUUUUGUGAUAUAUAUAAAAGAAUUUUAUAUAUUUUUGUUCAUUUUUCUUGCACUUGAGAGAUGUCCCCUAUUUGGGGUUAGUGAAUCUUUUAUCAACUUGAAGCCAUGUAAAAUGACCCUUCCAAGAAGUAGAAAGGAUCAACUGCUCUAUUUAACGUGAUAUUUUGAGAAAGUCCUCAUUAAGGAUUACAAUAGCAGUGGUAUACAUGCAAAUUGUGCCUCACUUUAACUGUAAGAUUAGGAUUAAUUGGGUGUUGACAGAUUACUGAAUAUAAAUGAUUAUGGUACCACAUUAUUUUCUCAUGUAAACAAUAUAGUACUGUAUUGUGAAUUUGUAUAGGGAAAAUAUGCUUUCUGUUACAUGUGUGGUGCUUUGUAGGCAUCCUCAACACUUCCUUUCCUUUUUUUUUUUACUCGAGACCAUUAUUUUAUACUGUAUGUCUGUUCGUAUGUCAAGUAGCAGUAUUGAUAAGAUGCUAAAUGAUCUCAUCUUUGGAGCCUGGUUCAAGGAAUGGAUUGUGAAUUGCCUUUUAGUAAUUUAAUUUUUCUCUUGUCAAUGGAACGAGUUUGCCUUGUGUUCCACUGAUAAAUUUUGCUUUUAAAUGCAUUGAUAUUUUUGCCUCAACAAAUUGUUCUGACAGUAUUUUGAUGUUACCGUUUAUUCUUUAUUUGUGAAAUGCAGUUAACGUCUUUACAUUGGAUCGAAUGUUUAAAAUUAUAAGACAUUAUUUCACUUUGUACAUGUUAUGUGGUUGGUUUGAUUGCUGUUUAUUGGCACAUACUGUAUUGUGGAAAGUCACAGAUAGUGGAACAGUUUGAAACAAGACCCCAUCAGGCCUGCCAGAGUUUGAAGACAAAAACAUUGUUGGAUCUGGUGGGAGAUUCACUCCUGAGGUGUUAACGU